AUGAGGAAGCCUUAUCAACGCCCUGCUGACAAGGUACCUUUCGUUGGAAGGGGUGGAGCACUUGUUCCUAAAGAGGAGGUUGUCUGUUUCAAAUGCAACCAGAAAGGGCACUAUGCAAAUGGGUGCGGAAAGGAAAUUGUGUGCUGGAAGUGCCAAAAACCAGGGCAUGUUGAGAGAAACUGUCCUGAUGCUGCUAAGGCCGAGCCAGUACUGAAUACUGCCAGGGGAAGCCGACCUUCUGCUCCAGGUCGUGUGUUCGCAAUGUGUGGGGAACAAGCUGCAGUGACCGAUGAUCUUAUCCAGGGUACAUGUGUUAUCGCUGGAACUUUUUUAAUGGUGUUAUUUGAUUCUGGUGCUACACACCCAUGCAUUGCUGAGGAGUGUGUGAAGAAGUUAGGAUUGCUAACUGCUGACUUACCAAAUGAUUUGGUGGUGACGACUCAUGCGCCGGUCGAUUAG